AUGAAGAUUCCUGUGUCCAAUUCGAUCUACACCGCGGCACUGGCUGCUGGCCUCGCAAGCUAUGCGAAUGCCUCCCCCGGUCGAGGUCUAUCCGAAAGACUCCAAUCCACCAUCAAAGAGCAAGGCCUGAUGCGAAACCUCCGCAAAUUGAACGACAUCGCCAAAGCCAAUGGAGGCAACCGGGCGUUUGGGUAUCCUGGAUUUGAUGCCUCUCGAGACUAUGUCCUGUCGAGAGUGAAGAAAGGGAAGGACUUCAAAGCCUGGACUCAAGACUUCCCAGCUCUCUUCAACAACGUCGAGUCGAUCUCCUUCAAAGUCGGUGAAGAAGACAUCUACGUCUUCGGUCUCACAUACUCUCCGUCUACGUCUCCAGAAGGCGUGACUUUGCCACUUGUGCUUGGACCCAAUGGCACAGCAGCAUGUGACGUUGCCAGCUACGAAGGUCUGGAUGUCCAAGGCAAAAUCGUGCUCGUUGAGCGAGGAACCUGUCCUACGGGUGGAACACUGGCUGGUAAAGUCAAGCCUGCAGUAGCUGCCGGUGCGGCGAAUGUCAUCGUCUACAACAACGUCUCACCAAAGGUCACUGGAGGCACCCUCUCCGCUCCGGAUCCGGUAGCAUACAGGUCCAGCGGAUUCAUCAACCAGGACGACGGUCAAAGGUUAAAGGCCAGACUCGAAGCCGGCGAGGAACUCACCGCAUACUUCCAGCAGACGCAAACCAUCGAAGAGCGCAUCACACAGAACGUUAUUGCAGAGUCGAAAGGCGGUGAUCCGCACAAUGUCAUCAUGCUUGGUGCUCACUUGGACUCCGUCAAAGCCGGUGCCGGUAUCAACGACGACGGAUCAGGCUCCUCGUUACUUUUGGAAAUCUUCGACGGUCUGCAGAAACUCGGCUUCCGCAACAAGAUUCGUCUGGCAUGGUGGGGAGCUGAGGAGAACGGUCUGGUCGGAUCCCGCUAUUACACCUCGCAGAUCAACAACACCCGCGAGGCGGACAAUCUGCUUCUGUACCUCAACUUCGACAUGGUAUCUCGCGGAUACUGGGGAGUGUUCGAUGGCGAUGGCAGCACUCACGGUCUUGCUGGCGCUCCAGGCUCGGAGGUUAUUGAGAAGCUCUUUGUGGAUUAUCUCGAGAGUCAAGGCAAGACUGUCCGCCCAGCUGUCUUCACUGGAGGCAGCGACUAUGCUUCGUUCAUGAGCACCUUGAACAAGCCAGUCGGCGGGCUGCACACUGGCACUGGUGUUACCGAGGACGCAUGCUACCACCAAGAGUGCGACAACAUCGACAAUCCCAACCCUGAACAGCUUACUGUGAACGCAAGGGCCGUUGCCCAUGUUCUCGCAACACUCGCCAUGGAAGGCCAUAAGCUCAUUCCGAAGAGUGGCCGGAAAGCCACUCGAGACGUCUUUUCCGAACUGUACGACCGAGCGAUGGAGAUGUCAAACUCUACCAUCCUUGACGACGAACUCUUCCCAUGGACAGUCAUGGAGGGCGAGCGUCAUGUUGCUACCUGUGGGCAUGACAUCUAG